AUGGCCGAAAACAAGAAGGGGGAAAAAGCUGUGGCGAUACUAACUGUACCUUUUACAGCCAUGAUAUCACCCUUAUCCGAUCUCAAUGUCUCCACAUCUUUAAUCAACCUUCCAGCAUUUGCGCCAUCCUUCAUCGUUAACUACUCCGAUGCGUACGGACAUCCAGAUAACAUCGACCUGGCAAUGCAGUGUUCAUACGCCGCCCCCUUUGUCCUCCGCUACCUACGGAGCUACGAAAGCAGCGCGACCGUCGCCCUAGGCAGCGCUGUAUCUGCAGACGUUUCCACGCGCGCAUGGCCCAUGAAAUACCUCGAAUACGCCUCCAUAACCAUUAACCAAUACUUAGGCUGGCGAGCGAUCUUCUGGUCCUUAACAAUCCUGUCGGGCGUGCCAUUCCUCACUCUAUUCGUAUUCCUCUCCCAAACCGGCCAUAAGGUCGUCGGCAACGGCCGCAUUCUGUCUUCAUGGUGGAAUAUGUCCAUCCCAGCCUACGUCAAGCAGCAGCGCCAGCGGCGCCAAGGCAUCGAGCCCGAUACCUCUCUGAAGAUGCCCUUCGAGAGGUUUGGCGGCAUAAUCCUCAGCUCUAGCGCGCUUGUCUACGGCGGGUACUACAUGCUCCUGACCACGCUCUCCAGCGAAUUCUCCGUCUGCUUCGUUUUCUCAUCCGUCAUCAUCGGCGCGUGCUGCCUGCCUCUCGGCUUCGACAGCCCGUCGUACCGGCACACGGACGGACACCUCCUGGACCGGAACUUCCGCCUAUCUAUCGAGAAGAUGCGCCAGCAAGUCUCGCUACCGUUCGUGUAUCUCACAUGCGUUGUCGUUAUGAGAUACGGCAGGGCGAUGCAGGCUAAAGCUUCGUUGGCGGGGAUCGAGGUGUGCUUGUUCUUCUGCGGGGUAUCCAUUGCCGGUGUUACGCACGCUCUGAACACGCUUACCGUUAAUACGCAAGUUGGGUCACAAGCGACUCCUUUUGCGGCGAAAAUUUCACGUUGGCAUCUCGUCGAUGCUGGGGCAGCAGCGGUGUCCUCGCCACUCAUCGAUUGGACUAGGAUGGGGUGGACGGGGGUCUUUGUCACGGGACUCUGGGUUAUUUUGAGCGUCUCUUUAUGGCUAGUUAUUGCCAGGGGGAGGGAAUGGAGGCAUGCAGGGAGGGAAGGAUAG